AAAGAGCGAAGAUGGAAAAGGCAGUUCUGGCCACUGCGAUCCUUCUGGGAGGCGUUUUAGAAGCAGCUGGGCUGCUCAACGACAAAACGACUGCUGGCUUCGCCGGCACCUCUCUGACCUCCAGCUGGACUGAGACUGUCAAUGUGCACACAGCCACAACCACCACAGGGACAACGCUGUCCACCACAGCUGCUGCAAGAAAACAGCAGGACGUCCACAUCAUAAAGAAAGAGACGCCCGAUGAGAAGAAAGACAAGAAAGUAGUACUGGAAUGUCCUCCCCUCGGCAUGGAGUCUCUACGAGUGGACGACAGCCAGAUCCAAGCAUCAUCCUACCAGAGGACGGGUCUGGGACCUCACCGGGGGCGGCUUAACAUUCAGUCCGGCAUCGAGGACGGCGACUUGCACGACGGGGCCUGGUGUGCUGACUACAAGGACCGUCACCAGUGGUUAGAGGUGGACGCCAUCCACCCGACCCGCUUCACUGGAGUCAUCCUGCAGGGCCGGAACUCCAUCUGGAGCUGGGACUGGGUUCACACCUAUAAGGUCCAGCUGAGCAACGACUCUGUGGACUGGAAAACCUGCAUGAAUGGAACCAAAGAAGCGAUAUUUGAGGGGAACCAAGAUCCGGAAACUCCAGUCCUCGGCCUGCUGCCGGUUCCCACUGUUGCCAGAUUCAUCCGGAUCAACCCUCAGACCUGGUAUGCCAACGGCACCAUCUGCCUCCGAGCAGAGAUCCUGGGCUGCAGAGUUGAAGGUCCAUCUGAUGCCGACUCUUCAUCCCCCCAAGCGAAAGACUCACUGGACUUCAGACACCACAACUACAAGGACAUGAGAGUGCUGAUGAAGUCUGUGACAGAAGAGUGUCCGGACAUCACCCGCGUCUACACCAUCGGCAAGAGCUACCUCGGCCUCAAACUCUACGUCAUGGAGAUGUCGGACAACCCCGGCAAACAUGAACUGGGAGAACCGGAGUUCCGCUAUGUGGCUGGGAUGCAUGGCAACGAGGUUCUGGGCCGGGAACUGGUCCUGAACCUCAUGCAGUAUCUGUGCCGUGAAUACAAGAGGGGGAACCAGCGAGUCGUACGACUGAUCACCGAGACGCGAAUCCAUCUGCUGCCCUCCAUGAACCCUGAUGGAUACGAGUUUGCUUACGAGAAGGGGUCCGAGCUGGCUGGCUGGGCAGACGGCCGCUACACUUUUGAAGGCAUCGAUCUGAAUCACAACUUCCCUGACCUCAACAACAUCCUGUGGGAAGCCCAGGAGGCGGCGACGGACAAAUCCAAAGUGUCUAACCACUACAUUCCCAUGCCAGAGUACUACACCCAGGAGGACGCCAUGGUUGCACCGGAGACUCGUGCUGUUAUCAGCUGGAUGGACGACAUUCCCUUCGUGCUGGGCGCGAACCUCCACGGAGGGGAGCUGGUGGUGACCUACCCCUACGACUGCACCCGGGAUUGGGCCCCUCAGGAGAACACGCCCACAGCGGACGACGCCUUCUUCCGCUGGCUGGCGACCGUCUACGCCUCCACUAACCUGGUGAUGGCCAAUCCUGACCGCCGCAUCUGCCACUACGAGGACUUCCAGUCUUACAACAACGUCAUCAACGGCGGGGCCUGGCACACCGUACCAGGAAGUAUGAACGACUUCAGCUACAUGCACACCAACUGCUUUGAGGUGACGGUGGAACUGUCCUGUGAUAAAUUCCCUCAUGCCAGCGAACUUCCUGUGGAGUGGGAGAACAACAAGGAGUCUCUGCUGAUCUACAUGGAGCAGGUGCACCGGGGCAUCAAGGGCGUGAUCCGGGACAAGGAGACCAAGCAGGGCGUAGCUGACGCGAUCGUCAAAGUGGAAGACCACGACCACGACAUCCGAUCAGCUGCUGGUGGAGACUACUGGCGCCUCCUGAACCCCGGGGAGUACAGGGUGGUAGUCUGGGCCGAGGGCUACUUCCCCUCCGCGCGACUCUGCCGUGUCGGGAUGGAGCCUCGCGCCACCGUCUGUGACUUCAGCCUCACCAAGAUACCCCUUGAGCGGCUGAAGGAGAUCCGGGCCAAAGGGGGGAAGAUUCCACACGACCAUCAGCUGCGCCUGCGAGCGCUGAGGCUGAGGAAACUCCGCGCCAGCACCAAGGCCAUCAACCGGCGUCGGGAGAGCCAGCGGAUGCAGCAGGAGAGGAGGAAGGCCCGGUCCAUCAGAGCCGGGAGGCCGUGAGCUGACCAGGGCGCUGAAGCCCAGAUGACACGCACACACCAUCUGGAUAAUGGUGAAGGACACUUGUGAGGAGCAAUAAUGUGACAGCUGAAGUUCAAAUAUGUUGAACCAUAAGCAUAUUAUUUGGAGAGUCUAGAAGUUGUGGUCAGCUGGUCUGAUCUGUACCAGAACACUGUCUUGACUGAAGUCCAUUUGGAUGUUUGUGUUAAUAAAACGUUU